UAUAAAUUAUUAAAAUCUAGCAGUGAAGUGAAUCGGUGACCCUGAAAAUAUCUUUAUAGUUGGAGAAUAGUAAAUUUUUCGAACAUAUUCAUUUUUUAUACACAAUAAACAUUGGUAGUGCUCAUUCAGAUUUGCGUAUUUGUUUACACCCUUAAUUCACAUAAUCCAUAUUAUGUACAGUACGGGAAGAUAAUUCAAGGAGAACAAAUACUUUACAUAAUUAUACAUAUACAUAGAAGUUUAAAAUGUUAAUUCAAGGAAUAUUGAAUGUGACCCUUUGUGCACUUUAUGCCCUUCCAGGUCCACCACAGAUACACUUUCAAGGUGACACAAUCCAAUUAUAUUCUAUAAAUAGAAUACUAUGUCCUGAAAUAGAUCCUGUUAGAGAUACAAUAUUUGAAUUGUACACAAGAUUAAAUCCUGAAGUGCCCCAGAUUUUAAGUACUGGUGAUACUGAAUCUUUAAAAAAGUCAAAUAUCAACUAUAGUCGGCCUACCGUUAUUUUUUUUCAUGGAUUUUUGGAAUCAUCAAAGUCUGAUAAUGCAGUACAAAUGAGAAAUGCAUAUUUGCACAUAGGUGACUACAAUGUUAUCCUAGUAAAUAACGAAAGAUUGCUAGCAGGAUUAGAUUAUUUAACAGCGGCUCUAAACUGUGAACCGAUUGGCAAAUUUUCCGCAAAAUUUGUAGACUUCUUAGUAGGCCAAGGUUUACGACUAUCUUCACUGCACAUUAUCGGCAUAAGUCUGGGAGCUCAAAUAGCUGGAAUGACGGGAAAAAAUAUGAAGACUGGAAAAGCUAAACGAGUAACGGGUCUAGAUCCUGCCGGACCAUUGUUUCAAGUUUUCCCAAAAUCCCUAAAAAUCGGUGUUGGAGAUGGUGAGUUUGUUGAUAUCUUGCAUACUAAUGCUUUUGUUACUGGAGAAUUAAAGGGUAUUGGAGAUUUGGAUAUAUGGUUAAAUGGUGGAGUAACUCAGCCUGGUUGUUCAGCUCUCGAUAUUUUGGCAAGAAAAGGAUUGAAUCUGCCAGAGUUAGUAUUUUGCAGUCAUUUUCAAGCAUACAGAACUUACGUCCAAUCGCUUUAUGAACCAAAAGCCUAUUUAAUAACCAAAUGCCGAAAUUAUCCUGCUUAUCUCAAUGGAGAAUGUUCAAAUGGAAAUACGACGUAUAUUGGUGAAAUUAUAGACCAAACCCAAAGGGGGAAUUUUUACAUAAAAACUGGACCUACAGCCCUAAAUAUUUAAAAAUGUAAUACCGUUAAGCAAUAAAAUGGAAAAUAAAAGUA